UGGAUUGGAUGAGAUUCCGCCGAGUGAUAAUGUUUUUGAGUAUAUUAUCUUUCGGGGAAGUGAUGUGAAGGAUUUGCACAUUGAGGAGACUGCGCCUGCUACGAAGGAGGAGAAGAGUAACGUGUUGGAUGAUCCGGCGAUUGUUGGGGUGAGUCUUCUGCCAAUCAAAAAUUAUGAUGUGUGUAAGAGGGAGAGCAGAGAACCAGAAUCGUUCGGGUGAUGAACCAUUUCGGAUGUCAAAACACAAAUUGUCUCCGAGAGCGUUUAACCCCAUGUGGAGAUUGCCGUUGCCUUCCUUCUAAUAUCUAUCGAUUCUGGCUCUCCCUCUCUCGCACACCCAUACACAGUACUCACACACCUUCCCCCGAGCCAUUGGCUAAUGUUGUCAACCAGUCCUCCACUCCCGCCCCUCCAACCCCCCAAUCUCAACCCGUCGCCCCUCAGCAGCAACAACAGCCUCCCCAGCAACCUCCCUACCCACCCCAGCAGUUCUCCGGCCCUCCUGGACCAUAUGGUCCCGGUGCUCCUGGUCCUGGACCCUACCCUCCCUACUUCCAGGGUCCUCCUGGCGCACGUGGUCCCUUCCCGCCUCAGCCGUAUGGAUACCCUCCCAUGGGUGGACCUCCUCCCCAUAUGGGCGGUCCUGGAUUCCCGGGUGGGCCUCAGGGUUUGAUGCCCCCUCCUCCUCAGCAUGCUCCCCAGCAUCAGCAGCAGGUUCAGCAGCAGGUUCAGCAGCAGGUUCAGCAGAGCCCGGAGGUUCCGGCCGCGACGAAGCCUGAUGUCGUUGUCGUGCAGCAGCAGGAGCAGCAAGCACAGGAGACCCCGGGUGCGGCGGCGAGGAGGAUCGUCCCCGCUAUGCCUCUUUCGCGUCCCUCGCCUGCUGUGGCUGCGGCUCAGCCUGUCACUGCUGGUGUGGAGGAUGUGACGAAUGGGAUUGCGGAUUUGAACACCAACACCAGGGGUGAGGCCCCUGCACGUCAACCCAUUGGCCCUCCCUCCGCCGGAGGUGUCGGUGGUAUCCCCACUGGCCCCCGUCAACGUGGUCCUCCCCGUCGCACUAGUCAGCCUGUGCAGGUUCCUCAGACCGAUUACGACUUUACCGCUGCGAACGAGCACUUCAAAGACACCACCAACGCUACUUCCCCCAGCAUCCACGACGAUAACUUCUACAACAGAAAGUCAUCCUUCUUCGACAACAUCUCUUGCGAAAACAAAGAACGCGCUGAAGGCGAUGCGGCGGGUGUUGCGCGUCCGGGCGGUGCUGUGUGGAGGGGGGAGGAGAGGAAGUUGAAUUUGGAGACGUUUGGGGAGGUUUCGAUUGGGAACAAUAACUACCGGGGACGUGGGAGGGGGAGGGGGAGGGGACGGGGUGGGUAUGGUUAUGGGAGGGGAGGAUAUCAAGGACCGGGAUUCAGUGGGCAGCAGGGUGCGUUUACGGGACAGAGGCAGUAUAGGCCGAGGGCGCCGAGGCAGGAGCAGGAGGCUCAGUUCUGAGUUGAAAGAUGAGGGAUUGAUUGUGUGAUUGAGCGUUUGAACGCAGCGAUGAUGGAUGGCCCGCCCUUCUUUAUUGUGAUGACGAGAGUGUACUUUUAGUUAUUUGAGCAUACCAAAGAUAAAAUCGUUCUUUCUAUCGACC